AUGCCUGCCACAGAUUCGUCCGCAGUCAUUGUUGCCCGCUUUCUGAAAGCAAAUCAUUACAACAAGACUCUCGAAGCAUUCCUCGCUGAAGCAGGGCUUCCCGACGAAGCGGCAAUUACUAAUCCCGGCGACUGGACAAUAGAGAAAAUUCUCGAGGAGAAGAAACAGUAUGACGCCAGUCUCGCCUUUGAAAAGAAAGGCGAUGAUGCUGAUGUCGGUUGGUUAAUACCAGCUCCCUCCAAGGCGGUUGAGCCUGAGGGGUUCCCUAUCACGUCAAACAUCCUGUGCGUGAGCGGAUCACGCAGCAAAGAGAACGAAGAGGGGGUUGUCUUUGUCACUGCUGCGGACCGCUCAUGGGCCAAUGUUUCGGCCACACCGCCAUUUACGCUGGCAGGCUCAAUUGAGAAUGCCCACGGAAGUCCGAUUUUAUCCAUCAGCUCUCUUGACGAAGGAUAUGUCUUCUCGACUUCCAUGUCAGGGCAGUUAAUGCUACAUGAUUCACGGGGUCGAUUGCUCGAUAAAGUACGCGAUCAUCUCAAGUACGCGGUGCAGGUGGUCUCGGGAUAUACUCGACAGGGACGAUGGAUUGUGGCAACGGCGGGUUGGGAUCAAAAAGUCCACAUCUACGCUCCUGAGAAUGAACUCGCUAAGAAUUUCCAACCCAGCACCAAUUCAGACAUUGUUGCCGGCGAUCCUUUGAUUCACGGACUGCUUCGCGAUCCCAUCCACACCAUCACAAUGCCCACGAACCCAGAAUCUAUGGUCCUCCUUCGAAACCCAGACACUGAUGAUCUCUACCUUGUUCUUUCCCGACGCGACUCGACGUUCCUGUACUACUACUGCAUUACACCUACGUCUGAUGAGUCUUCUUCGUCUCGAGGCAGCGAAAUCACGUACUCGGUUCAAGAGACUGGUAGGCAGAACCUCGCUCCACACUCCAACGCUUGGAUCGCGUUCACCCCUUCCUGUCUGGCCAUGUGUCCCACAGAUCCCUCUCUCGUGGCUGUCGCGACGUCUCACCUUCCACAUAUGAAACUUCUGAUUGUCCGACUACUCUUCCCCACGUCCUCCUACAACUCCACCAAUGCCGUCGCCAUGUACAACGAGUCAGAUUCGCAAACGCACGUCUCCCAAGCCCGCGCCGCCCUCGCGCUGCAGGACCGCGAAGACGCCGCAAUAAAACUGCACGUGACCACGAUGGCUCCUCAGACUCCUUACUCUACGCCGCAAGUCGUCUGGCGACCUGGUGGGAAAGGCGUGUUUGUGAACGCGGACGACGGAGUCAUCCGAGGUCUGGACACGCAUAGCGGGAAGGUUGUGGCCAUGCUCAAGGGACAUGACGUCGGGAGUAAAGUCCGGACAUUGUGGGCAGGAUGGGAAGCUGGUGAUCCAGGUGUGAACGUGCGGGGGAAGGGGAAGAGGGAGGUCCUUGUCAGUGGUGGAUUUGACAAGAAGGUGUUUUUCUGGACGGUUGACAUUGCUUAG